ACACACACACACACUUCACCUUUCACUCAUUGCAUGCACACACACACACACACACACACACUCUUCCACUGACUUGUGUAUUACUGCAGGAAAUAAUAAUGCUACACUCAUAAUCUUUAACCUUAGUGAUGAUAGGAAAUUGUUAUAUGUAUAUUUAUAUAUGAUAAGAAAUCGUUAUUUAAAAAUAAAUAAAUAAAUAAUAAUAAACUGUAAAUGCAUGUGGAUGAUCAGGUGAUGAUUAAACCGUCAUUAAUUCCUACCACCGCUGGGACAUUGCCAUUUGGACGUCUCACAAGUUGCCAACAGGAAGUGAUGCGGUUACUGAGUGGUAAUGCACUUGCAUACGUGUGUGUGUGUGUGUGUGUGUGGAGUGUGUGUAGAGUGUGGUCAGGCAGACCUUCCUCUAGUUCACAUACGAGCAGGAAACUGGGGCGGUGCCAAAUUAUCUCUCUCUCCUUCUUUGCGUGUCUGUCUUUCUCUUGCUAGCGUGGGGCGGAAGUGAGUGUAGAUUUGAGAGAGAGAGAGAGAGAGAGAGAGAGAGAAAGUGUUUGUUGAGUCGAGGAGGUUAGAGGAGAGGUUAGAGGAGAGGUUAGAGGAGAGUUCUGGUCCGGGAGGCUGAGAGGUGAUUCAGGUGAGGAGCAGCAGGAGGUGAUGGCCAGUGAAGGAUCGCUGAGUGAGAGCGUGGAGGAGCACGGAGGAGACGCCUCCUUCCCCUCUGACACGGCCGAGACCGAGACUCAGUUAGACCCGGGUGGUUCGGUACUAGAGCAGCUGGGUUUGGACCCGAACUCGGAUUUCUCAGACUCGGGUGUGCAGCAGCGUCUGGAGGAGCAGCGUGAGAGAAUCCGCAGAGAGAUCCGCAAAGAACUGAAGAUCAAAGAGGGAGCGGAGAACCUACGGCGCGCCAUCAGUGACAAACGCAACGCACACCAGGUGGAGAACCAGUUACGCUCCUCCAAACGCAGACUGGAUGCUCUACACACACAGCUGCAAGAGCUCGACGCACACAUCAUGGUGAAGGGACCGGAUGACAGCAAGGACGACCUCCCGCAUCCGGGGACCAUGGGCCGAUCGUCAGCCAAUCAGGAGCGCAUCAUGGCUCUGGAACGGCAGCUCAACAUCGAGCUGAAGGUCAAACAGGGAGCAGAGAACAUGAUCCCGAUCUACGCCAACGGAGUCACUAAGGACAAGAAGCUGCUGCAGGCUACACAGCAGAUGCUGCAGGACAGCAAGACCAAGAUCGACAUCAUCCGCAUGCAGAUCCACAAAGCCAAGCAGGCCACAGAGCACACGACCGACACGCAGGAUAAUCCAGAUCUGUGUGGUGUGGAGUUGAGGAUUGAGGAGCUGUGGCAUCACUACCGUGUGGAGCAUGCCAUGGCUGAAGGAGCCAAGAACAUGCUGAGACUGCUGGGAGCAGGAAAAGCUCAGGACAAGAAGGCUAUCACAGAGGCUCAGGGCAGGCUCACGGAGGCGUCCCAGAGGCUGGAUUUGCUGAAGGAGUCUCUGGAGCAGAGGCUGCGUGAGUUGCCGGAGGAUCAUCCUAAAGCGUGUCUCAUUAAAGAGGAACUCAUCCUGGCGUCGUCCUCUGCGUUCAGCGGCCGAAACAGCACCCCCUACGUACACAACCAGUACAGCACGCUCAGCAAACCGUCCCCACUCACAGGCAGUCUGCAGGUGCACUUGUUGGGGUGUGUAGGUCUGCUGGACAUGGUCCCUGGUCGCAACAGGAGCUCAGCCGUGGUGUUGCCGAAUUUCAGCCCCGGUGACGGGCGAUCCUUCAAACUCAGCAGCCUGAGCCUCAAAAUGCCCAGCAAGACUGAGGAGCUUUCCUCCGAGGUGAGUGCAGUGUUAAAGCUGGAGAACACCGUGGUGGGUCAGACGAGCUGGAGGACGGUGGGAGACCAGGCCUGGGACCAGAGCUUCACUAUCGAACUGGAGAGGUCCAGGGAGAUGGAGAUUGCAGUGUACUGGAGAGAUUAUCGUUCUCUCUGCGCGCUCAAGUACCUCAAACUGGAGGAUUUUCUGGACAAUGAGAGACACAGGAUACACCUAGAGCUGGAGCCACAGGGCUUACUGCUAGCUGAGGUCACGUUCUUUAACCCUGUAAUAGAGAGAGGCCCCCGACUCCAGAGGCAAAAGAAGAUCUUCUCCAAACAGCAUGGGAAAGCGUUCCUGAAAGCUAAGCAGAUGAACGUGGACAUCGCCACCUGGGUGCGCCUGCUGAAGAACGCCAUCCCAACCAGCACCUCCACCAGCAGCUACUCACACAACUCACACACACACCACGCAGGGUGAAUGCAUCUCCUCCAAGAACUGAGAGCCAGAGGAGAGAGGUCCGUCACACACACACACACACACACCUCUCUCUCUCUCUCUCUCUCUCAGGUCUCAGAUGCAGUCUCUCCCCCUGAUGUAGCUCCAGAGCGGUCGGGCAGGCGCGGUUCCCACAAUUCCCAGCGCAGGCCGAGCAGAGGGCCGCUAUGUCUUCAGGAUUUUCGGCUCAUUGCUGUGUUGGGAAGAGGGCAUUUUGGCAAGGUGUUACUGUCUGAGCACAAGAACUCCAAGACGCUGUUCGCCAUCAAAGCCCUGAAGAAGGGAGACAUUAUCGCCCGAGACGAGGUGGAGAGCCUGCUGUGUGAGAAGCGGAUCUUUGAGACGGUGACCGGCUCACACCACCCGUUCCUGGUGAACCUGUUUGCGUGCUUCCAGACACCGGAGCACGUGUGUUUCGUCAUGGAGUACACGGCCGGAGGAGACCUCAUGAUGCACAUCCACGCUGACGUCUUCUCCGAGCCGCGCUCCGUGUUCUAUGCUGCUUGUGUGGUUUUGGGCCUACAAUUUCUUCAUGACAAUAAGAUUGUGUACAGGGAUCUGAAGCUGGAUAACUUGCUGCUAGACACUGAAGGCUUUGUGAAGAUCGCUGACUUCGGCCUCUGUAAAGAAGGGAUGGGGUAUGGGGACAGGACCAGUACGUUCUGUGGUACUCCAGAGUUUUUGGCCCCAGAGGUUCUGACUGACACGUCCUACACUCGAGUGGUGGACUGGUGGGGGCUCGGGGUGCUCAUCUACGAGAUGCUGGUUGGAGAGUCUCCAUUCCCAGGUGAUGACGAGGAGGAGGUGUUUGACAGUAUUGUCAACGAUGAAGUACGUUACCCACGAUUCCUGUCCACAGAGGCCAUUAGCUUAAUGAGACGGUUGCUAAGGAGAAACCCUGAUAAGAGGCUGGGCUCCAGUGAAAAAGACGCAGAAGACGUGAAGAAGCAGCCGUUCUUUAGGGAUGUGGACUGGGAGGCGCUGCUGCAGAGGAAGGUGGUCCCUCCCUUUGUGCCCUCAUUAGGAGGGGAGGAGGACGUGAGUAACUUUGACGCGGAGUUCACGAGGGAGGUGCCCAAUCUCACUCCUCCCCGCGAACCCAGGACCCUGUCACGCAAAGACCAGGACUGUUUCAAAGAUUUCGACUACGUCUCGGACCUGUGCUAGGGUGCGGAGAGCCAGGGCUGAAGAACCACGACCGUACGCUGACCAAAUACUGUGACUGGGAGAUUUGGGCUGUGUUCCAAUCCUCCUCGGAUACCUUCCAGAUGCUCCCUUCUCUCUGUACAAGGCUGCACAAAAUAAGGGAGGAUCGGGUCAGCGGCUCAGAAAUGUGAAGUAGGCAAAACAACACGUCACGUGUGCAUCAGUGUGUCACACUGCGGGGACGAGAGAGAGGACAGGAGAGGAAUUUAGGCUAACCAUUUACAUCACAUCAAGAUCACAAACUAUUCAGGUAUAUAGAAUAAGAGAGAGAGCUGCAUGAGGAUCAACUCAUCUCCAUCCCCAACCUCCAUGUUCUCCAACCUCACACUGUCUCAUUAAAUAACAUUAUCUCUUCAGACUUA